GCCUUUGAUAGACAACUUUCAUCAUGUCAAGAAAUAUGUUAAAGUCAAAAGUUUUUUUGAAAAAAACUCGAAGAGGUGGUGUGGUAAAGAUUGUUCGUGAGCAUUACCUUCGUGAUGAUAUAUGGUGUGGUGCUGAAGAGUGCACUCAAUGUGAAAAUGAUAAUGCAGUUUUAAAUUCGUCUCCAGAUGUUGUGUCUAAAAUAUGUGAUUUUCCACAUUAUUUGAUUCUAGAUACCAAUGCUAUUCUGCAUCAGAUGGAUGUCUUGGAAGACCCUGUUUUUAAAAAUGUUAUUUUAUUGCAAACAGUUUUACACGAGGUAAAGCAUCAAAGCUAUACUGCAUACAAACGGAUCAGAGAACUUAUCUCAGUCAAAUCUCAGCGCUGCUUUGUGUUUAGUAAUGAGCAUCACAGAGAUACUUAUACAGAAAGAGAGAAAGGAGAAAGUCCAAAUGAUUACAAUGAUAGAUGUAUCAGACAUGCCGCUCGAUGGUAUGAUAAACAUCUAAAAGAAUUUGGAGUUAAUGGUAAUGGAGCAAAUCGAGCCUCCAUAGUUUUGCUGACAAAUGAUAUAAAGAAUAAAGAGAAAGCACAGGCUGAAGGCGUGGAAGUUUAUACAGUUCAUGAAUAUGUGCAAGGUUUACAAGGUCAUUCUUAUCUUGUUGAAAAGUUGGCGAAAAUACCAAAUUUUAACAAAGCUGGUGGAAAGGUGAUGUUUCCAGAGCAUUUACCCCUGUCAACCAUUCAAACAGGUCUUAAAACUGGUAAAUACCUUCAGGGAACAUUUUGUGCAAGCAGAGAAAAUUACCUUGAAGCAACUGUACGUAUUCCAGGUCGAGAGAGGGAGAUUUUUAUUCAAGGACUGCAACAUUUGAACCGUGGAAUACAAGAUGACAUUGUUGCCAUUGAAAUCUUACCUAAAAAAGAGUGGGUUGCGCCAUCUGCACUAAUACUCGAGGAAAAAGAUGACGAAUUAGAAGAAGAGGAACAAGAUCAAAACGUGGAGGAAGAGCUGAAAAAGCAGAAAAGAAUUACGGCAAAUUUAAAAGAAAGCGGGAAGGUUGUUGGUAUCAUAAAGCGUAAUUGGCGACCAUUUUGUGGAAUGUUAUCACCUAAAGGAAAUGCUAAGGGUCUGAAGCAUAUGUUUGUGGCUGCAAACCGUCAGAUACCACGUAUCAUGAUCGAGUCGAGACAAGGUGAAUUACUUCAAAACAAGAAAAUUAUUGUCAGUAUUGACGCUUGGCCUAGAAAUUCGCGAUAUCCGUUGGGUCAUUACGUUCGUGACUUGGGCGAGUGUGGAGAAAAAGCAACAGAGAAUGAAGUGCUGCUAUUGGAACACGACGUGCCACACUGUCCAUUUUCGCAACAAGUUUUGGAUGAUUUACCUGAAAUGCCCUGGGUUAUCACUGAACAGGAUUAUGCAAUUCGUCGGGACUUACGUAACUACAAUAUAUGCAGCAUUGAUCCACCAGGUUGCACAGAUAUUGACGAUGCUUUGCACUGGAGGAUGCUGGACAACGGAAAUUAUGAGUGUGGUGUCCAUAUUGCUGAUGUCACUCAUUUUGUCAAACCGAACACGAACAUGGACAAAGAAGCAGCACAUCGUGCUACGACAGUUUAUUUAGUGGAUCAGCGGAUAGACAUGCUUCCCGAAUUACUUAGCUCCAAUCUCUGCUCGCUUCACGAGAAAGUGGAACGGUUCGCCUUCUCUUGUGUUUGGGAAAUGACACCGGAUGCUGACAUAGUAUCAGUGGACUUCUUCAAAAGCAUAAUCAGUUCAAAGGCUGCUAUGACUUAUGCAGAGGCGCAAAUGAUAAUUGACGACGCCUCUCGGCAGGAUCAGAUAGCAAAAGGUUUGCGUCAUUUAAACGAACUUGCGAAAAAGUUAAAGCAGAAGAGGAUUGAUGCAGGAGCAUUGUCACUAGCUUCGACUGAAAUUCGCUUCAACAUUGACAGUGAAACGCAUGAUCCUAUUGAUCUGCAAUCAAAACAGCUGAGAGAAACAAAUUCAUUGGUCGAGGAAUUUAUGUUGUUAGCCAAUAUCUCGGUUGCUAAAAAACUUUACGAACACUUUCCACAACAUGCAGUGUUAAGAAAACAUCCCACUCCGUCUCCUGCGAUGUUUGAAACGUUGAUUAAAUCAGCAAAUAGCUUAAAAGUCGAUAUCGAUGCUUCUACUGGUCGCUCGUUACAACAGUCAUUAGAUGCUGCGAUAUUUCCUGACGAUCCAUACAAGAAUGUCAUGUUGCGUAUCCUUACAACACGAUCGUUGACUCAAGCUGUCUACCUAUGCUCUGGUACUGAGAAGUUUGAGGAUUUUAAACAUUAUGGUUUAGCAACACCGAUUUAUACUCACUUCACAUCACCAAUAAGAAGAUAUCCAGAUGUCUUAGUGCAUCGCUUAUUAGGUGUCGCUUGUGGAGCGUACCCAUCCAGUUCUGAUUUACUGAAUAUGCCAAUUGUACAAUCAGCCACUACACACUGUAAUUAUCGACACAAGAUGGCGCAAUAUGCAGGCCGUGCGUCUGUUAAUUUGCAUACACAAAUAUUUUUCAAAAAUCGCCUUACAAAUGAAGACGGCUACAUAUUAUUUGUUCGCAAAAAUGCUCUCCAGAUUCUUAUACCGAAGUACGGUUUAGAAGGGACAGUUUAUUUAUCGAAGAAGAAACAUACUGAGGGACCGUGCUCUUUUGAUGAGGAGAAAAUGUGUCAAACAGCUGGAGAUGUCACGUUACAAGUGUUCGACAAAGUCAUCGUUCAAGUGAGCAUAGAACAGAAAACAAUACAAACUACAGAAAUGCAACUAAAGCUAGUACAUCCACAGAUUCCUGGUUUGUCUGUACCACCCUUGAACAACAAGGCCACUAAAGAUGACGAACAACCGCCCAAAAAAAAGACGAGAAAAUAAUAAUUUUUUUUCAUCAAUAUAUAUGUAUGUGUGCUACAUUAACAAAAUAUAUUUUACAUUUUUAUAAA